GGGGAUCAUUGAUCAUGUAUGCGAUGGCUAGGGUGGAAGAGAAGAGGACCUACAUACAGUGGGUAAUAGAAGAAAUAACUGAAAAACAAGGGCUUAAAACUUUAACUUUUAAGAUAUUCAAAAUCUAAAGUUACUUUAAUUUGAUCUGGAAUUAUAAUUUUAUAGCAUCUCUAGACUUAGUAAUUUGCAUUUUAGUCCUCUUGAAUUCUUCUUCCUUACGUGUGUGGCCCAUAUUUAUCUCUCCCAUUUCUGAGACCAUAAUCAUAGACUAAUAUACUUAAGGUCUUUAUUUGCUUCUCCUCCAUCAAUUAAGCUUCCGCAGCCUCCUCGCCAUUUUAUUCCAACAGUAAUAUUCUUUCUCCCAACCCAGAUACACUCAAAGAUUAAGCUAUGCUUAACGAUCAGACGGCUAGUACCAGCCAAGGAGAUCACAACCUGCAGGAGGAUGAACAGAUCCGGGACAUAUACGCUCUCACCCCACCUCACCCUCCUCCGAUGAAUCGUGGCCGUCGAAGAGAAGCUUGGGAAACUAGCAGCCAUAGAUCCUCGUCGGCAAGCGAAGGUGCUGCAAGUGAAAACUUCACAAGCAUGAGCAGAGAAUUCAGUGCCUUAGUGCUUGCAGGGUCUGUUAUUGAUCACAACAAUGGUACGAGUUAUGAAAACGAAGGCGCAAACAUUAAUGGGAACAACAACUUGGGGAGGAUUGGAGAGGAAGAUCAGAUGCCGGAGGAGGAAACGAAUCCAUUGGCUAUUGUACCGGAUAAUUAUGACCCGUUGAUGAACCCGAUUCAUUCUCCGAGACGAGGAGGGCCUCCUGGCGGUCCUGGGUCUUCAAAUAGUACUACCACGACUACAAGCAGUAGUAGUAGUGGUCAUGAGAUCGGUGAGAUUUCAGUGCAUAGAGUGAAGAAAGAGGAGGUGGAAUCGAAGAUAUCGGCAUGGCUGAACGCGAAGAUUGCAAAGCUUAAUAACAGAUUUAAGAGGGAGGAUGCGAUUAUUAAUGGGUGGGAAAGUGAGCAGGUUCAAAAAGCUUCGUCCUGGAUGAAGAAAGUUGAGUUUUUGGAGCAUGAUGUCUUGAAAAUUAGAUGAAAAGGUUGUCCACGUACGUUUUCAUCUGCAAGUCUUCAUCAUCAUCAAGCAUGCAUGGGUUUGAACAUCGACUUUUCAACCAAAAAAGGUUUUACUUGUGUAUUUACUUGCGAAAAAUAUUCUAGUUGAAUUACGUAAGUAAUCCCAAAAAUUGAUUUAUUUGGAUAUAAUUUAUCGGAUUGUAAAUUUAAUUUUAUUGUAAAGUAAAUUGGAUAAAUCAUAUAAAAUCAUUUUAAUUAUAAGAUUAAUUAUGUAAUUUUAUUAAUUGAUCGGUUAUUCAAUAGUGGACCGUCCUUUAAAGUCCAUCGAGUGCUCAUAUCAUGUACUAAAUCAUUAGAUUGUAAUCUAAAGUUGUCGGGUCAGCCGAUCCACUGACUUGGUCAAAUGUUCUGUAAUUUAACGUAGAGAGGAGAUAAAAGAUUUCAAUAUCCUUUUAUUGAUGUAAACCUUAAAAAAAAAAAAAAUUGCAGGAUUUAAUGGACUUCUUGAUUGGGAAUUUAAGAAUUCUUUUCAUCUCAUAAUUGAAAUUAAUUAGUUAGUUCUUGAAACAUUAUCCGUACGUAUAAAAUUCAAGUCGAGUUAAUGCAUGUGUUAUAUUGUUACAUAUAUAUAGCCAAUAAAUGUCACUUGUGCGUGUAGAGGAAAUUAGAGGCGAAAAGAGCAAGAGCUUUGGAAAAGAUGCAGAAUGAUGUAGCAAAAGCUCGAA